GGAGGGGGAAGCGAAGGAAACGGUGCUGCUCCGCACAGGAAGGGCGUCUUGCCCGCGUUGGUUUGGGGAGAAAAGCCGUUGAAAGAAGAGUGGCGUGUUGGUGGGGUUUCUUCCGUGUUUCUUCGUGGGGUAAGUCGCUUGCUGAUAGUGCUCGCAGUGCUCGCCCUGCGGGCAUCAGGAAGGAUCAGGUCCCCGGGGCAGGUUUUCCCCAGGAUGCGAUCGAUGUAGCAGCCCGGCUCCCCGGGCAGGAGCAGCGGCCGGCGGUGCUGGGGCUGCCUGCAGCAGGGCAGGGCUGUGGAACAGAGACCCCACGGCCACCUCUGCCUGGUUGUACCUACAGAAGUGGGACCUCAUGCCGUGGUGGUCUCUGGAGUGAUCAGUAGGUGCAAGAUGCAGCACUGCACUUCGUGUGACAUGGCUUGUGAGUGGUUAGAAAACUUUUCUGCCUUUCCUCUGAGGUUCCACAUCCCUCUCCUAUGGGCACGGAGAGAUGGAGCAAUGUUCUGUCUGAGUUGCUGUUCCUGCAUACAGCUAUUUCUUUUGAAGAUGGUCGGUUGGUAUUUGCAGCUCUAUGGGAGCAGGUCAGGACUGGGGUACUAGAAGUCCUGGGUGGUAGAACUGAUUCAAAGAGCCAUAGCUUUUGUAGCUUCUACAUCUUCAGCUUGCAGUGAUGGGAGCAACCUGCCAUAGGACGGAGGGUAAUGACUUGAAGUUGCACCAGGCGUGGUUCAGUUUGGAUAUUAUGAAAUUUUCUUCUCAGAGGGUGGUGAGGUGCAGGCACAGACUGCCCAGAGUCACCAUCCAUCACAAAAAACAGAGAGAUGCAGCACUGAGGGACACGGUUAGUGAGUGCAGUGGGAGUGGGUCAGUAGUUGAGUUAAAUGGUCUUCCGAGAUCUUUUUCAACCUUGAUGAUUCUGUAAUGCUAUGGAGCAGUUCUCUUAGGAGCUGCCGUGUUAAAAUCUUCAGAAAAGUAGGCUGUGUUGCUAUUGGAGCCUGUUACAUGGCCAAAGAUGAGCACCAGCGUUGUCUUUAAGAGAGUAUUUCUGUUAACAUGGUUUUACUGAGUGUAUAGGCCCUAAACCAUACCCAGUGCAUCUCCUUUGGGUACAGCUCUUUGGUGUGAACUGCCAAGCAAGGACUGGGCAGGGAGUGAUGGGACAGGAUUACAAAAGCAUUGCUGCUUUUGUGAGGCUUUGAGUUUGCUUUGGUGGAGAUAAUAAUGUUCUUUUACAGCUCUGACUGAAGUUACUCAGUUUACCUUCAUAGACAUCUAGUUUAAAAAUCUAGUGCUCCCAGUUCUCCUUAAUACAUUUGAAAGGGGUUUUUUUGGUCCUUGGGGAAAAGCAGAGAAUGAAAAUCAGGCAUGGAAACUGGAAAGCCUUGUUUUCAGCACAAUGGAUGCUUCAUACUGCUCCCAUGUGAGAAAAAUAUGUUAAGUGUGAUUGCCACAGUAGUAGUAAGAGGUCAGAGAGCCAAUGUCAGUAGUAAUGAAGCUCUGAGGACUCAGCUCCCUGUUGUGUUUGCUGCAUGACUGGGGUGUGCACAUACCAGCAUUUGGUGUUUGCACCAGCAGUGUGCACAAGGGAAGCUGGGUACCUGUGUCUGCCCAGGGAGGCGUCCUUGCUUUUGUAGAGCUACCAACAGCAGCCCCUCCCUGCCUAACUGUCUUCCUCUUUUUGUUGCUUGGAGCAUUACAAUAUAUGAACUAAAAACUGUUUUUUCCCCUUCCGUACAAGUCAGACUGAAGAAGUCUGGUCAGAACCAGAGGAGUUUGCUCUUCCUGAGCGAUUGCUUCAGGCCAAGUGACAGACAGUAACUCUGAACUCUGUCACGUUCUCAUUUCAUGCUGUGUUGGUUCUCUCCAUGACAGUAAGGGCUCCUGUGUGCCUCUGCAGUCUCUGAGGUAUGUCUGUGCUUGCAACCCUCCUUACGUGGCAGUGAGUAACAGAGAGAGGAAAUCUGACCCAUGGAAACUGAUGUUCAGCAUGCUGAUCUAACUCCUUUCUGAGUUUGUUUUUUAUGCAAAAACUGUGGUUUUCAUGAGGACACUUUUAGUCAGGCUUCUGCAAUAGGCUGCUGGUUGAAUGUUGGUUCAGUAUCUUGGGGCUUGCCUGCAAAGAAGUUCAUAUUGUGGCGUACUUUUUUCCCCCAAUAGUUAAGUCAGUUCCCUGAGUACAGAGAGAAUAUCAGCAAAAAGGGUGGUUUAAUUUUCAAGCUUUAUUGCUCCUUCCUUCCACAACUGCAUCCUUCCUUAAAGAAGAUUUCUCAUGUCAGAAUUCAAGCUAAAUUCAUCCCCUGUCAACAAGGUGAACAUUCAGAAAAGUAUUGCUCUGAGAAGCAUUGAUAAAGUCUGUGAACUACAUAAGCAGUAAGAUAAGUCAUCCUGCUGUCCCGUGCUGUUCUGUCCUGCGUUCCUUGUUCCAUAGAAUUGCAAUUGCAAUCCAUAGCAAUAGUGCAAUGGAGAAAAGAGCUGUGGGGGAAAAAAAAAAAAAAAAAAAAAGCUUAGAUCCCCUUUAAAGUAGGCUGUUGGGUGGGCCAGCUUCUUCUCUCCCAAGUGCUUUUAUAAUCCACUUAUGCUGAGAAAAAGCAGCUUUGCUGCCAGAGCAUGUACUUUCCAUCCUGACACAUAAUUGCUGGGUGGGGGAGAGAGGUAGAGGCUGGCUGUGCAGCUGGAGGCAGGGAGGGAGCUUGGCCAGGAGUGCCAUCUGCCCAGCCAUGAAAUCCAGGUUUAGCAAGGAUGCUCAGCUGUGUAAGCAAAGCCUUCUGCCCAUUCACCCCUCAGUGUGAGGAAGAAGAAAGGAGGCAGGUAGCCAAAGAUCUGAGUAGGCUGAGGGAAGGAGAGCCAGCCCAGCAGUGCAGUUACGGCAGGGUUCUUUUUUUAGCUUGUUUUGGUUUCCACACGUGUGGGUCAUGCAAGGCUGGCUGAGCUAGUCUUGAAUGUGAGAGCCUUGGAGCUGGGCUCUCUGGCCCGUUAGCAUCGUUUUCCUGCUCUUCUUCCUGUCCAGCAGCACUGCGCUCCUCAGCUUUUUCUGUCCCAGCAGAAUUCCUUGCUGUACCCAACUGGCUUUGAGCCACCACUGGACCAGGCUUUGUGGGCCCCAAGGGCUAACAGCCACUGUAAUAUUACAGUGUGGAUCCAGCUCUUCUGGGGUUGGAUUGCCUGGCUCAGAAGCCUCAGUAGUGUUGUGGUGGAGAGGCACAGGAAGUCAGGGCUGAGCCUGUUUGUCCAAUUUGACCUAAGAGUUCAAAGAUGGAAAUGGAGAAGUGAGACUGUAGAUGAUCUGCUCAGACCAGGUACGUGGGAGGAGGGAGAGCUGAUCAACCCUGACCCAAGAGCUGCCAACAUGAAGCAAUUUGGGACAGCAAGGGUGCAUCAGCUCAACACUAACCCCCCAAGGACCCAACUCCAAAGCUCAGUCUGCAGGCAAGCUGCUGCUUUCGUCAGGUUUGGAUCAGAGUUUGAUGUGGCUGUGAUGGCAGCUGGGCAGGAGGGAGGUGCUGCCUGUUCCCUUGCUGUCUGCACACAGCUGGGUGACCUCAGCUUGUUGUACCAAUCGACCACUUCUGCUCAAGGACUUUGCUUUGUUUCCUGUUGCAUCUAAAAUUUCAUAGAUUCUCUCUCCUCCCAAAAUGUGGUAGUUUAUCUUGUGGUUCUGCUCUGUGUAUCUUCCUGCACGCCCUCAGACUGUUUCCUGCACCUUCUCCUUCAUUUUCUGUUUCUCACAUUAGCUCUCUGAGCCCAGCUCCCCUAGCAAGUAUUUCUACCUCACAGGCUGCUUAAAGGAGCUGGAUGACUUUUCUGAUACAAACCAAUCCCAGACAGAGCUGUCCCAGCCCUUACACUUAACGCAGCUGCUAAUUCAACCCUAAUCCAUUUUAAAGGAGAGAGCUGGUCGGUGAGGAUGGAGCUGGAGGAGGGAGGUUCUCGUCUGCCCAUGUGUCUGCAAGCUGACAGACCCACAGUGCCAUUCUCGUCCCUUCUCAUGGGAGGAAUUUUAACUCUUUUCUGAUCGCUUCAAAGCUGAUUAAUUCAGAUCUCGAGUUUCUCUAAUCAUUUUACUGGACUUCCUGGCUGUGCUUCAGCAGUGAAUGACUGAACAGUGUUCUCUGCAUUGUGGUGAUCAUAGUAAUGUGAGGUUUAACGAGCACCUGCAAAAUCGUGUAGCAGUGAAGGAACUGCCAUGCCAAUGGGAAUCUUCCGAGUGUGCCUAGUGGUGAUUACAGCUAUUGUCAACCACCCACUCCUCUUCCCUAAAGAGAAUGGCACUGUCCUUGAGAAUACAGAAGAAAUCAUCCAGAAGAUGAAGGAGCGGGAGGAGAUCCUUCGGCUAGAGAAGCUGCGCUUAGAACAGGAAAUUGAAAGUCAGGAAGCUGCACAGAAGGUUCUGGAAAAAGCAGCAAAAGUAGUGGAAGAUGUCAAAGAGGAUAAGGUCCAAUGGGAUAUGUGGACUGCUCUUUCCAUGGUUAUCUUCCUAUUGAUCGAGCUCUGGAGGCAGGAUUUCCAGGAGGGGAAUUGGCAGGACACAGGGGCAGAUGAGGAUGACAUAGCUGUCCUGGGGAAAGCAUUUAAAGGGGUGGCAUUCCCUGAUAAGGCCAUCUUAGCCAGCUUCUAUGAGAAGCGCAUCCUGGGUACCACUGGAGACAUGGCCAGGAUGCGGGAGAUGGUGGAAGGCUUUGCAGAUGACCUGUUGGAGGCCUUGAGGAGUGUUUGUAACCGGGAUGCUGACAUGGAAGUGGAGGACUGCAUGGGUGUGGGGAGCAUGUAUGAGAAUUGGAGAGUACGUAAACCUUUUGUCUGCGAUCUGAUAGUGCCUUUUGCACCCCCAGAGCCGUAUUGUUUCCGGUCCCAGAUAUGGUGCUCUGGUGACUCUUUUCCCCCAGAUGAACAAGGUUACGGCACUAUCAAGGUAUGCAGGGCAGAUGAGGAUGAGACAGGUUGCAUCUGUGACAAGACUAAACUAGGAGAAGAUAUGCUGUGCCUCCUCCAUAGCCAAGGCAACACUACCAGACUCAGCAGUGAAAUGGAAGACCUCCUGUGCUUCAAAAAUACACAAUAUCUCGAUGCUGACCAAGUCAUGAAGUGGUUCCAGAUUGCAGUCACCAAGGCCUGGAACAAAAUUUCCCACAAGUAUGAAUUUGACCUGUCUUUUAGCCUCUUGGACUCCCCAGGAGCCCUGAAGAUAAAAUUUAGAUCAGGGAAAUCAAUUGCCUUCAACCUCACCCCUGUGGUGCAGUACGAGAACUCUGAUGUUUACUUCAUCUCUCAUUUCCCUCGGAACUGCCUGGCAGCAGACGUCCCCUCCAGCACUCACUGGUUUCUUACCUUUGCAGUGUAUGAGAGGAGGUUCAUCCAGAUGGUCUCCAAAAUGCUGCCUGCCAAUGCCUGCCAUGUCAGCUGCCUUCAGAUCCUCACCUUCCUCCAUGGGAAGCAGUGCAGCCUCACAGGUCCAAGUGGGCUCACCAACUACCACCUGAAGACAGUGUUGCUGCAUCUGCUGCAGACGCGUCCAAGUCAGGACUGGGCCCCAGAGAAGUUGGAGGCCCGUCUGCAGGACAUGCUGAAAUUCUUGGAGAAAUGUUUGCAUGAAAAGAAACUCUACCACUUCUUCAUUGGCAAUGGGAAGGUACCAGCAGAGCUGGGCUUCCCCAUCAUAUUCCAGAGGGCUGAGCCUCUCAACCUUUUCCGUCCCUUUGUUUUACACAGGGCUGUUUACAAAAAGACAGUUGACACAUUCCAUGAGAUGCUCAGGAACACAUCUGCACUGAUAAAUGAGUACAUGGUGCACAUUCCCCAUGUACACACCAAUGGGAUCCAAAAGGAAUCUGUUUAACCAAAGCCAGCAGGAAAACACUCAUUCCUCUAAGCACAAAUCCAGAGUGCAGCUUUCCAAAGCCUUACGGAGACAACUGACUUUGCCAGCGCAGCUUGUUGUCUGCAGCUGAAGCAUGUCUGUGUCAUGGUUUCUGCAGUAAGGAAGAAGGGAUGGGGGGAGAAUAGAGAGAAACUUGGAAGAGAUGGUGUAAAAGUAAGUUUCUGCUCCACAGUUGGGCUGGCAGGGUUUUAUGCAGCUAAGAAUAUAUUUUUCUGUUGUGCCUCAGUCAUGCUACAGCGGUGAUGACCAAUGAACAUGACUAAUUUAUUCUGGUGCCUUCAAAAUGGUGGCGGUCUGCUUGCAGACAGGACAGCAGGAGCUCUGAGACCUAUGGGAGGUGCAACAUGAGCUUCAGCUGGGAAGGAGAGUCACUGAGAUCACGCACAAUUCCAGACUGGAUGGAGAUCUUUAAAUCCAACACAGCUCUUUAAUUGAAAGGGAACGGUGGGUUUAAAAAGUGCAUUUUGAUAGGACUUACAGCACUAAUUUCAACAGUCCUGUCCAUCAAAACCACUCCUGUGCUCCAAACACUUUUUUUCCCUGGGAAGAGUAUAACAGAGCAGUCAGCAAGAUCAGUGUCUUGAGACCAUUUCAUUUGUGUUUUCCAUUUUCUUCAUAGUAGCACAAUGAGUGGAUUUUAUUCUUGGCCAUUUUCCACGGAUGAAUGGCCAGGAGCCUUAUUUAGGUCAUAUAAGAAAGAAAUGCUGUUAUUGGGUUCUGGCUUUUUGGUUUAUUUGUUUGCUUUCCUUAUCUCCAGGCAGCAAGUCUGAAAACUAGCAAAGAGAGAAAUGACUGCUGCAGGGUUUGCUUUUAUUAAAGAGGAAACUCCUCAAAAUUAUUCUGUAAUAAGCCCACUCUUAGGAGCCUGAUACCAGGAGGGAACUCAAUAUCCAGAUGAGAGAGCAUAGCCUUCUCAGCAUGGUUUUAGUGAGGCCAUGACAGCAAGAUGGCUCUGAAUUAGGAGGAGAGUUGCAGGAGAUGCACACACAGCAGAGCAUGGCAUUGCUAUCUCUGCAGCUGACAUGGUGUGUCAUUCCUUUCUGCUGCCAGGUACCUGAGUAGAAGCUACCUGUUUGACUCAUUAUCAGGUCUCCUCAAUGCAUCUCAAGGCUGCUGCUUUGCAGAUGUUUACUCUUGGGAACCACAGGUAGCAAACUAUAAGUGUCCUCUCUUCCUUUUUCCUUUUACAAACCAUUUCUCCACAUCCUCCUUGUCUGCUUAUGUCUGUCCCCCCACCACUGAGGGACAUUUUCUACACCAAAGCAAAGCAAACUGCAACACCCAUUUCCACAGCUGGUUCACAAGAAAGCACUGGUGGGGACAGGGAGUUCUUGGCUCAAACUACAGUUUUCCUUGGCUUUUGUCAUCACAGCUAUGGGAUACUCAAGUCAUAUUUUUGAGUAGAUAAAGGAGUAGGAAGCAAAAGGGGAGAGAAGAGGCUGGUUGCUACUGCCAGUAGGAAAGUUUCAGAUCGCCAGUGCCUGGGGGACUGCCAGGGCUGGCAGUGCAACAGGACAGGACUAAUUGCUAAGACUGAGUGCUGUAGGGCACUGGCUUUCAUCAGUUAAGUAUGUCUUCACUAGUGGAAAACAGAGUAGGAGCAAUUACAGGGGACGGGACAAACAGGUAGUGACAGGCAGAGGUGUGUGGCCGGGGGAGAGGGUGGGUGGGUGAAUACUGGAGCCUUGAGGCUCCUUUUAGAAGCCACAGAAGUUGUUUGCAAACCCAAGCAAUCUGCUGCUUCUGUCUGCUAUGUUAACUGUGCAGUACCAGUAGUAGAUCCAGCUUUGCCUGGGAUGUCUGCAGGGAGGUCGUGCUCAAGUAGUUGUGGUCUGAGUUGCUUCUAAAAUUGUCCCUAACUGAGUGAGAGAGAAAUGAGUAUUUCUAUGUCAUUUCCUGUCAGGCAUCUAAAUUUAGCCUAUCCAAAGAACAGAAACAAAUUUGCGACCUUGGUCUCUGAGGAAAUGACACACAAGGUUGAAAAAUAGAUUUUAUGUAAGGUUGAGCAGGGGAAGGUUGAGUAGAAAAUUCUAUUUUACAGGAUAAUCAAAUUUCUCUCUUAAAAUGGAGGAACAAAGCUGUGUAACACCAGCUGUACAGGCAUGCAAACAGGCCAAAUCUGGCCCUUACACACCUCAGAGCAUUGCUGCUUAGACUCGCUUAAACUGAUAAGUGCACUGAAUCUUUCGUCCUUCAUUUUCUGCAUGUGUGUGCAUGUUUGCUUCUAAACUCAAACUCACCCUGAAGUGUUCCCAUGGGGUUUGCUUGAGCCCAGGCUGGAGAUGAACAGAGGUAUUUAUUGAUUUGACUCCCCUGGAAGCAAAUCGCUGGGCACAAUUUGCCUAUGCAUAUGCAAUAUGCUCAUUUUGCCCUGAGCAUCUUUUACAAGAUUUGGUCUGUGCAUUCAGUCAAGGAAAUAAGCUAUGCUACAGUAAGCCUCAGGGCAGAGGUCUUCACCAGCCAUAUAUCUAUACUAGAUAUAUCAGCCAUAUAUAUAUACUAGAGUUAGAUACUUGUUCCAGCUGGGUUGAUGUGGGCAAACAAUGUUUCUCUUGAGCACAUCUGUGCUGUGCCACAUGGUGAAGAACAUAACAUAAUUUCCUGGCCUGCCUCAUUUCUCCUGUAUUAAAUCUAUUGCAUACCAGGUACAAGGCCUUUCAGUAAAAGGCCAAAUUCAAAUUUCAUUAAAGAGGUUUAUAAGACAGUUCAGCUCCAUCAGCUAUCAGCCAGUAAAGUGUCCUAAGAUCUUUUAGUGCCACCCACAUUUAGUGCAGCCUUGACUGACAUCUUGCUGGGCAUCCAUAAGGAAGCAGCUUUAAAGGGAGAGGGUGGAGGUGAGGUUUUGUGAUUUUAAGUGAGAAACUUUCUUUUAAAACAGUGUACAACACAAGUAAUGAGUGCACAUCACUAGCAAUACCCUGAUCACUGUGAGAGAUCCUAGAAUAAACUGCCCUUCCCAGACCUCUUUCUUGUUUCUCAGUGCUGUUCUUGCUAUUUGCUGACCAGAAGAAUUAUGCAACUGAAUUCCUUAGUGCCUCUACUGGUUUCCAACCACUCCCUCCACCCUCAACUUGUGGUUUUAAUACUUUAUUAUAGGUUUGUCAAAGCAAAGGAAUUAGUAGCAUCUUGAUAACAACCACUGAUGUAUAACAUAGCCUCAGGAGCCAUUCACCUUUAGAAGUAUCUUGGUCUAAGUUAUUGUUGCUGUUCAGGAGGUGAAUGUCCUCUAAGGGGAGCUGUUAGUUCACUCUUUAUUACGUGCCAACCACAGAAUAUGACUUUCUCCUUCUCUGGUUUGCUCUGUAUAAAGGUCUUACAGGGCUAUAAAGAUGGAUUUCAGCAAAGGAAUCCAAAACUUAUUGUUCAUUCAAGUAAAAGGAUUUGGUGUUUGUCCACCAUAUGUUUUUAAUGUAAAGCCUUUGCAAUGUUUUUUCAGUGGUGAAAAAAUGAGAAUUUACUCAAUUUUAACAGCUUAGCUGCUGGUCACUGAGUUCUUCUCAUGGGGUUCUACGUGAUAAAUGGCUUUAUUUAUUUCCUGUCUUUUUUGUAGGAUUUUUGUUCUGGGGUGUAGUUCAGAAGUAAAAUUGUAGUAUGAAUAACCAUCUUGGCAAUGCAGAUGAGAUGGGUAACAAUAAAUUCUUCCUUGAUUCACGAUGCUGUAUUCAAACCGCUGCUUUUAUAGCAGGACACUGUUGAAUUUGUAUAGAUCUUCUCUUGCAGCCUUAUUUAUAAUAAAGGAAUUCUUGUACAAAUUCUAA